GUUCUGCUUGUAAACGCUGCCUAAUGUGACAAGAUGGCAGAGGCAGACUGGGAGCUGAGUAAGGAGAACGUUCAGCCUUUGAAACAAGGCCGGGAUGUGAGUACACUUCAGGAUGUGCUCGCACAGCGUGAAGGUCUAAGUAAUAUCAGUAUUCAAGAGCAGAAACUAGCCUUUGAGGCAGAAAUCCGAUUUUAUUCUGGUAAUGACCCUCUAGAUGUCUGGGACAGAUAUAUCAAAUGGACUGAACAGAUGUUUCCACAUGGUGGAACAGAUAGUAAUCAUUUAGCUCUAUUGGAAAGGGCUUUGAAACUCUUCCUGAAGGAUGAUCGAUAUUACAGCGAUCUGCGGUACCUUGGUCAUUGGUUAAAGUUUGUUGACUACUGUACUGACCCACUAGAAAUGUUUGACUUCUUAAAGAGCAAAGGAAUCGGUGUAUCACACGCUGCUCUUUAUGUUGCUUGGGCUGAACGGUUUGAACUUCUAGGGAACAACAAAAAGGCAGAAGCUAUCUUGCAAGAAGGCAUUCAGCUCAAUGCUGAACCAGUGGAAAAACUGCAGCACCAUCUGAGGCACUUUCAAUCCCGAGUAUUUAAACAGGUUGUGGCCUCCAUAGCUGAAGGAACAAAUGAAGACUCAGUUCCUGAGUCAACUCAACAACAAAGAACUAGUCUUGGAGAUCUGAAACGGCGUGGACAAAAGAAAGCCAUGGCACCUGUCAAGAGGGUUGGCGGUGCAGUGAGAUCACUAAACCAAGGACUUGGCCACUAUGUGGCUCCUGCUCAGGAGCAGAGUGGUACCUUUGAAGUGUUCAAUGAAAAUCGAUUGGACACCCAACCUGUAGAACAACUGAGAUCAACAGAGAAGCAGUGGUCUACACUUCCUUCAACUUCUGCUAAAGAGAACGAAAUUGUUCCAGGACCCUGGAAUACAUCUGGAAUGCGGGUGCACCGGCAUUCCAAUGUACCCGCAGUUCCCUUUUCUACAGUCCUGUCAGCCAAGAAACCUGACUUCAAGCUUUAUGAGGAGGAAUCUUCACAUGAAGAGACUAUGACACCUCGUAAAAUUGAGCCUUUGUUUCAACCAGUGUUGAGUGCUCGGAAACCCAGUAAAGAAUUGAAUCCAUUGAUUAGAGUACAGCUUCAAAAUUGCAAUGAAAAUAAGGAAGUAUCUAUGUAUUCAAAAGACCAGAUCUACGCUGGACUGCGCGAGUUCUCUUUUGAAGAACUCCGAGCGGAGGAAUUCAAAAAGAAAUACAAGGCUCACCUUAAAGAACAAGAAGAGAAAUUGUUGAAGUUAAAGCAAGAAAAGGAGGAGGUGGAGCAAUUGAUCCACAUGGCAGAAAUGAGAAUGAAGGAGCAGCGGGAGCAUAACCAACUAGAAACACAACAGAAUGAAGUAAUUAAUAACUCGGUGCCAUGGUCAGCGAUCACUACUAGGGAAUUUGGCACAGAAAUCAAUCCUUCAGAAAGGAAUGCUGAAGAUCCUGAUAGGAAUGGGUAA